CUACACUGUCCACAGCAGUUCAGCUCAGCAGACAGAGCAACAGGUGCUCCUUCAGGCUUCCAACCUGGACCACGGGGUCUUAGGGCCUCCAAUUCAGCAACUCUACUAGUUCCUCUAGUCAGGCACCAUGUCCAAUGAGAGCAAGCUCGAUUUGGAAAGCGGCCUCAGCCUACCAGCGCUGCCACCCAGGAAGGUCACAGACAUUAGACUGUUUUCCUCACGAGAAGAAGAUAGCAGCCUCUAUUUUACCUACAGUGGGGGUCACAAUGAGCUGGAGGUCAGGAAUCUUCACUAUCAGGUGGACACAGCAGCUCAGAUCCCCUGGUACGAAAGACUGUCUGAGUUUAAAAUGCCCUGGGAGGUGCAGGGCAAUAAGCAGACAGCCAUCAAGGACUUGAACCUGCGAGUGCACAGCGGCCAGAUGCUGGCUGUUAUCGGCAGCUCGGGCUGUGGGAAAACCUCCCUGUUGGACAUCAUAACAUGUCGGGAUGAAGGUGGCACCAAGCAAUCCGGAGAGGUACUGAUCAAUGGUAAACCCUUCACGCCUUCGCUAGUGAAGAAGAGCAUCGCUCACGUCCGGCAGGAUGACCGCUUGUUACCCCACCUGACUGUGCGGGAGACUCUCCUCUUUGUGGCCCAGUUGCGCCUGCCAACACACUUCUCACAGGCGCAGAAAGAUCAAAGGGUGAACGAUGUCAUUGCUGAACUGCGGCUAAGACAGUGUGCUAACACACGGGUAGGGAAUGACUAUAUACGGGGGGUGUCCGGUGGGGAGAGGAGGAGGGUCAGUAUCGCUGUUCAACUUCUAUGGAACCCAGGCAUUCUUAUCCUUGAUGAGCCUACAUCAGGUCUUGACAGCUUCACUGCCCACAACCUGGUCAUCACCCUGUCCCGCCUGGCCCGAGGGAACCGUCUGGUCCUGCUCUCGGUUCACCAGCCCCGUACAGACAUCUUCCAGCUCUUUGACUUGGUGGUGCUGCUCUCUUCAGGCUCAGCUGUGUACUGUGGCCCAGCCAAAGACAUGGUGUCCUACUUUACAUCUCUGGGAUACCCAUGUCCUCGCUACUGCAAUCCCUCAGAUUACUAUGUGGACUUGAUCAGCAUUGACCGGCGCAGUCUGGAAAAAGAGGCUGCAUGUCUAGAACUAGCCAGGAUCUUGGCAGCCCAUUUUCAGGAAAAGGUUAAGAACACCAGUGACUUCAUGUGGAAGUCAGAGGAGCAAACUGUUCCAGUCUUGGAGAAUACCCAAAGGAUGUCUAGCAACAUCCAUUCCGUAUCAAAUGAUGAAAGCAGCAUCACAGUGUCCCAACAGAUGGACCGCCUGCCUGGCCCACUGCACCAGUUCUCCGUCCUGAUUAAGAGGCAGGUGUUUAAUGACUAUCGUGACCUGGUGAAGUUGGUGGUCCAUGGCCUGGAGGCCCUGCUGAUGUCACUACUUGUUGGCUUCCUUUACUUUGGGGCGGGAGAGGAGCAGCUGUCCAUGCAGGACACUGUGGCCCUGCUCUACAUGAUAGGAGCUCUGACGCCUUUCGCUGUGGUGCUGGAUGUCAUAGCUAAGUGUCACUCAGAGAGAGCCAUGCUGUACCAUGAAAUGGAGGACGGGAUGUACUCAGUAACCUCAUACUUUUUUGCCAAGGUCCUGGGGGAGUUACCAGAGCACUGUGUCUUUAUCCUUGUGUACGGUCUGCCGAUCUACUGGCUGGCUGGCCUGAAUGCUGCACCAGACCGCUUUGUGCUGAACUUCUUACUGGUAUGGCUCAUGGUGUACUGCAGUCGCACCAUGGCUCUGUUCAUAGCAGCAGCGCUGCCCACCCUACAGACCUCAGCCUUCAUGGGAAACGCGCUCUUCACCGUUUUCUAUUUGACUGGGGGCUUUGUCAUGAGCCUGGACAACAUGUGGUUGGUGGCCUCCUGGUUGUCCCAUAUCUCCUUCAUGCGCUGGGGGUUUGAGGGCAUGCUGCAGGUCCAGUUCCGCGGUCUCUCCUAUUCACUCAGCCUGGGCAACUUCACCAUCAACGUAGACGGCAUGGCAGUGGUGGAGGCGCUGCAUAUGAACCAGUUCCCGCUGUUCUCCUGCUAUCUGGUGCUGAUUGCUAUAGUGCUGGUCUUCAUGCUGCUCUACUACCUGUCCCUCAGGUUCAUUAAGCAGAAGUCGUCCCAGGACUGGUGACGAAAAAUACUCUGGGAUAAUCAGUCCACAGGCCACGUCCUCUCUGGAAGACACUUUGAGUCACUUGGGGCUACACCUGACUGCCGCUGGAUGGCAGCAAAGCACUGUGUACCCCCACCCUCCUUCACAACCGGUUACAGUGCUCAGCCUCCUUUUGCUUUUCUUUUUGGCAAGCGAUUAGAGCACUACUUUGGCAGAUAUCCAUCUGCAGCUUUCACUUGCAUUUUCUCUCUCUGUGUUUUUUUUCGUACAGCUUAAUCUUUUUGUAUACUAAGAUUAUUAAGCUUAACAAUGCGUGUGCCUGUAAAGGUAUUUUAAAAGGCCUCUGAAACGUUCAGCAAGGCACACUAGGAAAGCAUGUGUGUUGUAAGAACGGGAUAAUGUAAGUUUUGCACUGGUGCAAAACCCUGAUAAAAUUUGCCAAGAUUACGUUUGAAAUCACA